UCCAUUCCUUUAGACUUCAGUAUUCAAAACAUGUUUGUGUCUAGCAUUUCAUCCAAAACACACAGUUCAAAAUAUUCAAAUACAAUGGUGUUUGUAUGGUCUCAAGUUUUGUUUGUAAAAUUUCUUUUCCUUUAUUCACUUUUCUCUUUCACAUUUACUACAUCUUUACCUCAAAUUCAGCCAAAGUGUCAUCAAUAUGAAAGCCAUGCCUUGUUGCAAUUUAAGGAAGGCUUUGUCAUCAACAAGAUUGCCUCUGAUAAGCUUCUUGGUUAUCCUAAAACAGCAUCAUGGAAUUCCAGCACAGAUUGCUGCUCAUGGGAUGGCAUUAAAUGUCACGAGCACACAGGUCAUGUGAUUCACAUUGAUCUAAGUAGCAGCCAACUCUACGGUAGAAUGGAUGCAAAUAGCAGUCUCUUUCGCCUUGUGCAUCUUCGAGUUCUUGAUCUUUCUGACAAUGACUUCAAUUACUCUCAAAUUCCAUCCAAGAUAGGUAAGCUUUCACAACUAAAAUUUCUGAACCUUUCUCGUAGUUUAUUUUCCGGAGAAAUUCCACCACAAGUUUCACAGUUGUCCAAGUUGUUGUCUCUUGAUCUAGUAGGCUUCAUGGCUACAGACAAUCUGCUGCAACUCAAAUUAUCCAGUCUCAAAAGCAUAAUUCAAAACUCAACAAAACUUGAGACCCUUUUUCUUAGUUAUGUAACAAUUUCAUCUACUUUACCAGAUACACUCGCAAAUCUAACUUCAUUGAAAAAACUAACUCUACACAAUUCUGAAUUGUAUGGUGAAUUUCCUGUUGGAGUAUUUCAUCUUCCAAACUUGGAAUAUCUGGAUUUGAGAUAUAAUCCAAAUCUCAAUGGAAGUUUACCCGAGUUUCAAUCUAGUUCACUCACCAAGUUACUACUUGACAAGACAGGUUUCUAUGGCACACUCCCAAUAUCCAUUGGAAGGCUUGGUUCUUUAAUCUCCCUAUCAAUUCCAGAUUGCCAUUUCUUUGGAUAUAUUCCUUCUUCGCUUGCCAACCUCACACAGCUCACGGGGAUAAACCUUAAUAAUAACAAAUUCAAGGGCGACCCUUCCGCAUCCUUGGCAAAUCUUACCAAGCUAACCAUCUUGAGUGUUGCUUUGAAUGAAUUUACUAUCGAAACCAUCUCGUGGGUAGGUAGGCUUUCAUCAUUAAUUGGCUUGGACAUAUCAUCAGUCAAAAUUGGCAGUGACAUUCCAUUAUCUUUUGCAAAUCUCACCCAGCUACAAUUUUUAAGUGCAAAAAAUAGCAAUAUUAAGGGUGAAAUUCCGUCUUGGAUAAUGAACCUAACAAAUUUAGUUGUCUUGAACCUAGGCUUUAAUUCUUUGCAUGGAAAGCUAGAGCUUGACACAUUUCUGAAGCUUAAAAAGCUACUUUUUCUAAAUUUAGCAUUCAACAAACUGUCAUUGUAUAGCGGAAAAAGUUCUUCCCAUAGGACUGAUUCUCAAAUUCAAAUCUUACAAUUGGAUUCAUGCAAUUUAGUUGAGAUUCCAACAUUUAUAAGAGAUAUGGUUGAUCUGGAAUUUCUUAUGUUGCCAAACAACAAUAUAACAUCGAUACCCAAUUGGUUGUGGAAGAAAGAAAGUCUACAAGGCUUUGUUGUUAACCACAAUUCAUUGACAGGAGAAAUAAACCCAUCCAUAUGCAAUCUCAAAUCACUCACAGAACUUGAUUUAUCGUUCAACAACUUAAGCGGCAAUGUUCCUUCAUGUCUGGGGAACUUUAGCAAAUCUUUGGAAAGUUUGGAUCUAAAAGGGAAUAAAUUGUCUGGCCUCAUUCCUCAAACAUACAUGAUAGGAAAUUCCCUUCAAAAGAUUGAUCUCAGUAACAACAAUAUUCACGGUCGGUUGCCAAUGGCAUUGAUCAACAACAGAAGGCUAGAAUUCUUUGAUAUUAGUUACAACAAUAUCAAUGAUUCAUUUCCAUUUUGGAUGGGAGAAUUACCCGAGUUGAAAGUAUUGUCUUUAAGUAACAAUAAAUUUCAUGGAGACAUUAGGUGCUCUAGCAACAUGACAUGCACGUUUCCCAAGCUUCACAUCAUUGACCUUUCUCACAAUGAGUUCUCUGGAAGUUUUCCAUUAGAAAUGAUCCAAAGAUGGAAAACAAUGAAAACUACCAACAUAAGUCAAUUAGAGUACAGGUCUUACUGGAAAUCGAACAAUGCAGGACUAUAUUAUACAAUGGAAGAUAAGUUUUAUUCGUUCACAAUGUCAAAUAAAGGGCUGGCCAUGGUUUACAAUCACCUUCAGAAUUUUUACCGCUUAAUAGCCAUUGAUAUUUCAAGCAACAAAAUCAGUGGAGAGAUACCACAAGUGAUUGGCGAGUUGAAGGGUCUUGUUUUGCUCAACUUGUCAAAUAACCACCUUAUUGGCAGCAUUCCAUCUUCCUUAGGGAAGCUUUCGAACCUUGAAGCACUAGAUCUUUCUCGCAACAGUCUUUCAGGAAAAAUUCCCCAACAGUUGGCAGAAAUCACCUUUUUGGCGUUCUUAAAUGUGUCCUUUAACAAUCUCACAGGUCCUAUACCACAAAAUAAUCAGUUUUCUACAUUCAAAAGUGAUUCAUUUGAGGGUAACCAAGGAUUGUGUGGGGAUCAGCUGUUGAAGAAGUGUAAAGAUCAUGCAAGACCUUCUACCUCUAAUAAUGACAAUGACUCGGGAUCUUUCUUUGAAAUUGAUUGGAAAAUAGUGCUUAUUGGGUAUGGAGGAGGUCUUGUUGCUGGAGUGGCAUUGGGAAACAGUUACUUUCUGCAGGUAUUUGCAUGGUAUAGAGAUCACGUUAGCGUUUCAGUUAUAAUUUUCCUUAAUAAGAUUUUUAAGAGACAUUAAAGUUGUUAUUAUUUUAUGGCUUAAAAGGGUGUUGUGAGUCCAAAACAAUAAACAUACUAGUCCUCCCUAUUUAUGUUUCUAAUUUGUUUUAGUUUCCUUCUGUUCUUGUAAUUGCAUUCUGUAAGAGUUUCCUAUGUAUGUAAAAGCAAUAAAGGUUGUUUGAAAGAGCGUGCUUUGAUAUAAAUUUUCAAUAAA